CGCAGUCGUGGUCGAUUUUGAUGCUGUGUCGUUUCUGGAAUAGUUUUAGUUGAGGUUGUAUUUUCUAAUGAAACUCAAUUACUAAAAGUUUCACGCGAUCGCUGCUGACUGGUUUCUUAUUUUCGGAUGGUGCGUUUAGCUGAAGAAGAAAUGACGGGUUGCUUGUUAUUCUUGCUGCUGCCUAUUCUCACUGUCAGGGAUUUUGAACUGCAUGCUAUUCGGAAUCGUACAUUUUCCACUUAAUUACUGCAUCAUUACUGUUACUGUUUCACAGCUGUAAUGAGCCGAUAUCGGUCUGACAGCUCUGAGGAAACUCGUGGUCGUUCUACCGCUCGCAGUACUAGUGAUGGCUUGUCGGCGUUCUACAGGGAACGAUUCGGAAGCCAUUCACCUGAGGAAUACAUGAAUUUGAGGAUCUCUGGUUUUGACGAUAAACUGGAGAGGGAUGAAAUAAAGGAAAUACUAACCGCUGAAUUCAGAAAGUUUGCCCCCUUCGAGAUCAAAGUUGUGCGUAAUCCCGGUGAUGACGAGAGACUGGCAUAUGUGAACUUUGAGCGGAGGGACUGUGCAAGAAAAGUGAGGUACAGUAUUAUGGACCGUCUGAAGAAAGCUCUUGGUAAGCGCGUGUUGUGUGAUCCAGCUGGAAUUCUUCGUGAUCAGGAGGGGAAAUAUAUUCCCGAUCGGUUCAAUCGAGCACUGCAGCAAGAACGAAAUGGACGUCGUUCCCCGGAACGUAGAGCUCGACCAAAGGAGCCACCACAAUGGAGGCUGAAAGAAGAUGAUGCAGAUGCAACCAGAACCCUUUUUGUAGGAAACAUGCCGUCGGACAUUAGAGAAUACGAGAUUCGAAAGGUGUUCGAAAGAUACGGAAAGAUUGAGGAUAUCGAUAUCAAAACUCCCGCCAAUACUGAUGCUGCGUAUGCAUUUGUGAUGUUCCAGACUUUGGAGCAAGCAAUGGAAGCCAAACAUCGGGAACACGAUCGUGCGAUCCGUCCUGGUACAGUUCGAUGCAAGAUUGGAUACGGCAAGAGUCAGGUUUCUCGUCGUCUCUGGGUUGGUGGGCUCGGUUCUUGGACAAGUGCCGACGUUCUUGCAAAGGAAUUCGAUCGGUACGGUCCCAUUGAGAACCUUGAAUAUGAGGACGGUGCUGAGUUUGCUUACAUACGAUUUGCGGAUACUAACGCGGCAACUGACGCUUGCCGAGCCAUGAAGAACUUCCCAUUAGGUGGAAGGGAUCGUUGUAUAAUGGUCGACUUUGCCAAAGACGACACCACUAAAGACAGUAACGGUAGUGUCUUCGGGAGAAAACGACGAGCUACAAAAUCUCCUCCGGGAGGUCCCCGAACUCCUCCAGGGUCUCCCAAGCCUGUGGUCAAGUCUUUCGAGGAGUUAGAUGAAGAGUAUGCCACUACUUGGCAGGGGCAGGUCCUUUUGAAGAAGACAGAGUAUAGUAUCAGAUUGUACAGAAUUGGAGGUACGGAAAGACUAAUUCAGAAGCUAUUGCGCGACGAUGAUGGGAAUGCAGUGAAGUUGCAUGUCACCCAGAGACUGGCUUUGACCGGCCAAGAAGGCCUUUUGGAAAGGCUGACGAACUCAUCUAGUAAGCAGCUCAGCCUUAUGAUAGCCGUAGGGAAGCAACUUGAUGAUAUACGACCGUUGGUUAGAUAUUUAACAGAAAAAGACGCCGCAGGAGUUGUAACUGUCACCGGUGGUCUUCUAUACAUAUUCCCUCACAGUGAUAUGUCGACGAAGUUGUUGAAUCAUUUUGCGCCCACACAAAGGGUAAUCCGCAUGCCGCCACCGCAGUGUUCGUCAGAAGCAUGUACGUCGAAAGCCGUUGUGAAACGUGCACUUGAUGAAGCACCAUUAUGUGCGAAAUGCUUCACCAAAGGGUUUGAGCAGCAUGUUCACGAAACGAUAAUUUCCACAGAUCUGUUUCGUCGCGGAGAGCGAGUGGCCAUCGGUGCAUCCGGUGGAAAGGACUCCACAGUGUUAGCUUAUGUUAUGAAGACUCUGAACGAACGAUAUGAUUAUGGCUUAGAUUUGAUAUUGAUAUCGAUUGAUGAAGGGAUUAAAGGAUAUCGCGAUGACUCCUUGAAGGCAGUUGAAAGAAAUCGAAUCGAAUAUUGUUUACCUCUUACGGUACUCAGCUAUAAAGAUCUAUAUGGUUGGACAAUGGAUGAGAUUGUUGCAAAAAUAGGAAAAAAGAACAACUGCACUUUCUGCGGAGUGUUCCGACGUCAAGCGCUGGACAGAGGUGCUUACAAAGUUGGCGCAACCAAGUUAGUCACCGGACAUAAUGCAGAUGAUAUGGCAGAAACCGUUUUGAUGAAUGUGUUACGAGGUGAUAUCGCAAGACUUCAACGGUGUACCAAUAUCAUAACUGGCGAAGAAGGUGAUCUCCCACGAGUAAAGCCGCUAAAGUACUGCUUCGAGAAAGAUAUCGUGAUGUAUGCGCGGCUAAACAAAUUGGAUUAUUUUUACACGGAAUGCAUAUAUGCUCCUGACUCGUAUCGUGCAUAUUCGAGAUCAUUUGUAAAAGAUUUGGAGCGAAUGCGACCUGAAUGUAUUCUGGGUCUCAUCAAAUCUGGAGAGCUUAUGGUAGUAAAAGAAGAAGUAUCUAUGCCAACGUUGACGAAUUGCACUAGAUGCGGAUAUAUAUCAAGUCAAAAAAUAUGCAAAGCAUGCUUGCUUCUGGAAGGUUUGAAUACUGGAAGAACAGAUUUGGGCGUUAAACGCAAGCCGAAAAAGGUGACAGUCGCAGCUGAGCCUAGCAAUGAGCAAUCUUGUGGUACAUGCAGUUGCGAAAAAAAUGCAAAUACUGAUUUUUAGAAAAAGGAAAGUCAGUCUGUUGAUUUUGAUUGUUGUUGUUAUGUUGUUUGGUAAUCAUCAGUAAAUCUGAAG